AUGUCAGCAUCUCUCCAAAAACCCAUUGCUCUGUUUAUCCCAACACAAAUCUUCAAAUCUUCCACUACAAUUGCUCAAGCCGCGGAGGUUCAACUUGAUGGAGAUGUCCUUUUCUCUGCAAUUGUAGGUGACCUCAUCAGCAGGUCUGUGUCCUUCAUGAUCAGCCGAUACUCCCAGCAGCAGCCUGGCACCGACAAGAUUGUGCAGAGGCUGCAGAGACUUCUAAUGAGAAUCGACACCGUCGUCGAAGAAGCUGAGGGACGGCGCAUCACCAACCAGGGAAUGCUCCGUCAACUCAAAAUGUUGAGGCAAGGUAUGUACAGAGGCCACUACGUGCUUGAUGCUUUGAGAUUUCAAGCCAUCUGUGACAAGGAGGGGGAGGAGGUGAGCCAUUCAUCAUCUGCACUGUCUAAAUUAAGGCCACCUAAACGACUUCGUGCCUCUUGCGCCGGUGGUGGUAGCAGCGACAGAGAAGCUGUACUGUUAUCUGGUGCAAACAACAGCAUACAAGAAGAGCUGCAGCGGUUGGUCGACACCCUUGAAGAAACCAUGGCUGGUAUGAAGGAGUUCCUUUUCUUCUUGGAGUCGUAUCCUCGGAUACUCCGCCAACCUUAUGGCACAUAUUUGAUCUUGGAUAAUUGCAUGUUUGGUCGGCAAACUGACCUGGAAAGGGUCCUGAAUUUCUUGUUGCGUCCCAAUGCUAUGCAUGAACUGGCUGUACUUCCGAUCGUUGGUCCAAUAAGAGUAGGGAAGAGCACUCUCAUUGAGUAUGUCUGUAGAGAUGAGAGUGUGCGCGAUCACUUCUCGACGAUCCUCUUCUUUCCAGAAGGCAGUCUCAAGAAUGAAGGACUGAUCGACCUAAGAGGAAACAAUUUUAAUGGUCUAGUCAGACAUCAGAAUUGUGCUUCUCAAAAAAGGUUGCUAAUUAUUAUUGAAAUAGCUGAGGACAUUAAUGAGAGAACAUGGAGAAGGAUGAAAUCUUCCAUAACCUGCAUGACACCACGCGGUGGAAGUAAAAUUAUAAUCACCAGCCGAUCAGAUAGAAUUGUGAAUCUGGGAACAACAGAAGCACUACGACUGGACUACCUCCCGCAAGAAGCUUAUUGGCAUUUUUUCAAGUCACUCGUAUUCGGAAGCACAAACUCAGAUGAGCAGCCGAAGCUGGCCUCAAUGGCCAUGGAAAUCGCUUUGGAACAAAGACAAUGUUUCCUAAGCGCGUAUAUCAUUGCUGGGAUACUGCGAGAUAACUUCGAUGGUCGAAUUUGGCGCACAAUUCUUGAAUGUGUGAGAGCAUAUAAACAGACAAAUCUCCUUAUGUUUGACCAGCACCCAAACCUUCGUUUGCGGGAAGAUGAACCGGUAUACUAUUGGAGAUUGGGGAAGAGCCACAGAUAUUUCUUGAUAUGCAACCAUCAUCAGUCAGAUUCCAAUGAGAAUAUUCCUAAAAUCAAUGUGCAGAACAUUCUCUUAGGAAAUGGUGGUACCCUACCCCGUGGAGAAUUUGAGGCUCUUUCAUGGAGAUCUCGCAUACCGCCCUACUACAACUACACGAUAAGCUGUAAGAUGCAACCACCACAACUUACAGUAGGAAGGAAGAAGCAUGUGCAUCAGGAGGGAGAACAUUUGAUUUGAGUAACACACUGUUCAUGACUCACAUCAUGUAUGUCGUGAUAUAAACGCUCUUCUAUUAGUUUACGGAGGGAGUAGUUAACAUAUAUGUAUGUUAUGGUCUAGGCACUAGGCAUGAAGUCAUCAUAUUGUAGUACAAGUUUCUGCAUGUCGAGUACAUUGUGCUUGUAUUUGUGUAAGUACUUUCAGAGUCAAGGCAAUGUUUGCAUUGUCGGUUAAAUUAGAGUCCAAGACAAGUUGGAUUUAUGAAGUUAAGUACUUGAGUCCAUGUCCUAUUGAUCUUGAUACUAUGUGUACUAUGUAACCUAAGCCUUGUAAUAAUCUUUGAACAUGGAGAAAAGAGUAGAGAAAAGAUAUGUGAGGAGGUAACGAUACAGGUAAAAUUAAGUGGUUGGAUUCUUGGCUAUCAUCCCAUGAACUAAGCUGUGUUUUCUAUCUUUUGGCUAGAACAAAAAGGAAUCCGAUGAAUCAAUGGGGAGAAAGAAUUUUUUUUACUGAAUUUUGCAAUCCGUGUUCUAGUUCCAGUA